AUGAAUAGAAUUUUGUUUAUCCUUUUUUUAAUCUUGAUCGGUUUUAAAAAAUGUUUUAAAAUAACCAAUUCAAACAAUAUCCAAUUUGUGGGGAAAAAACCCUUUUCCCCUCGAUGUAAUAAUGUACUUAAAAAAAAAAAAAUUAAAAAAAAAAAAAACUACAUUUUUGAUUUCGCAUUAAAAGAGAAGGAAGCAAACAAAAGCGAAGAAAAAAAAAGUGAAGAAAAAAAAAGUGAAGCAAACAAAAGUGAAGCAAACAAAAGCGAAGCAAACAUAUUUGACGACUCAUAUAUUUAUCAUACCCCAGUGUUGGUCAAUGAAGUAAUACAAAUUCUAGAUACCACAUUAAUGACCAAACAAAAUGAUGAACCAAUCAAUAAUAUAAAUACGAAUAAAGAUGAGAUGGUAUCAAAUAACAACAACACAUUAAUUUUGAAUGAAGAAAAUGUGUAUGAUACAAAUAAUGAUAAAUCUAAAUUAUAUAAUAAUAUUAAUUAUGAUAAAAACAUUUCAAUAUAUAAAGAAGAUGAAUAUUUGAUAGAUGCAACUUUGGGAGGAGGAGGACACACUUUAGAAAUGUUAAAAAAAUUUAAAAAUUUAAAAGUUAUUUCUAUAGAUAAAGAUAUUGAAGCAAUUUAUUAUAAUAAAUAUAAAUUAAGAUCAUAUAUAAAUAAAAAUCGACUUAAAAUUAUUCACGGAAAUUAUAAAGAUAUCUUAUUUUUAUUAAAUUAUUAUUCUUUACCAAUAUUUAAUACAUAUAGUGCUAUCUUAGUAGAUUUGGGUGUAUCUACUCACCAAAUUAAAAGUAGUAAAAGAGGGUUUAGUUAUAAAUAUAAUGACAUUCUUGAUAUGAAUAUGAAUAAAUAUACAGAAAAAGAAUAUAUCGAAAAUCAUAUAAAUAAAGAAUUAAAACAAGACACCAAAAUAAAGGAAUUAUAUAUGAUAAACGAAUCUCAUGAUGAUGAUAAAAAUAUUUAUCAUAAAAAUUAUGAUGGUAAAAAAAUACAUAAUAUUUUAAAUACAUAUAAUCUUAAAAAAUUAAAAUAUAUUAUACAAAAAUUUGGAGAAGAAAAAAAAGCUUAUAAAAUUGCAAAAAAAAUAAUAGAAUGGAGAAAAAAAAAUGGGGAAAUUAUAACCACAUUUGAUUUAAAAAAUAUUAUUCUUUCAACUUGUAAAAAUAAUUAUAAAUCAAAUAAUAAAGUUUUAUCAAGAGUGUUUCAAUCAUUUAGAAUCUAUAUUAAUAAUGAAUUGUUAUCAUUAAAAAAUUUAUUAUUAUCUUCUCAUAAAAUAUUAAAACAAGGAGGAGUUUUAAUUCUUAUUUCAUAUCAUUCUUUAGAAAAUAAAUAUAUUGAUUUGUUUGUUAAAAAUAAAACAAAAUUAUGGAACCAAAUUAAUAUACAACCAAUAAUACCUACUAAUCAAGAAGUCAAACUAAACAAAUCAUCACGAUCUGCAAAAAUGUUUGCUUUCAAAAAAAUAUAA